AGGGGGGCACGCGCGUCGCGCGCGCACGCCGAUCGACGUUUUCGCGCGCAAAGUGUACCGAAAAAUUCGUGAAAAUAUUUUUUUUCUCUGUGCUGUGAAGUGGCCAGUGCUGUGUUUCUAAUUUUGAAUCUGCGUGAGCCGUCAUGGCGACUAAUUAAUGAAUCUGUGUCAGGCAGUUUCUUGAGUGAUUGUUUGGAUUUUUGGAGGUACCCCCCGCACUCUUCGAACGAAGGAACGAUACGAUAUAGACGAACGACCACACAUGUCAGCCCACAAUGAUUCCGAUGAUAGUGCGAGUGUGGUGCGAAAGCGGCGCGGGGUGGUCGCCGACGCACGUGCCGGUGACCCCGCAGACCAGCUGCCGCGACGUGGUCGAGUGCUGCCGCGAGCCGGGCGACGAGCCCUGCUUGCUGUUCAGCGUUCAUCCACAGCAUGGAGUUCACGUCUUACGAGAGGCGGAAUUGCCUAUGGAGGUGGCUCAAGCCAUGGGCCCUGACGUCCAGUUUGUGCUCAAGUACAUCGACACAGAGACGGGGAGCACGGAUAAGAGCAAUGGUAUGAAGGAACCGGGAUCACCAGAGGAAUUGUUGGGGGAAGGGGUGGAGCUGACACUGGGCGAGCUGCGCGCCAUGGCACUCCGCCAGCAGCAGCAGAUCGACACGCAGCACCAGCUGCUGUGCGCUAAAGAGCAGAGGUUGCGGUACUUGAAGCAGCAGGAGGCGAGGCAACACCAGGUGGCAGUGGAAGGCGAGCGAUUAAGGCGGCUACGAGAACGCGUAGAAGCGCAGGAGUUGAAGCUACGGCGGCUACGCGCGCUACGGGGCCAGCUAGACCGAAACAAGCAAGCGAAUAUCGCACUUACCAGCGACCUCGAGUCGAUCAGAGCGCUGUUCAAUGAGAAAGAGAAGGAACUAUCCGUGGCGGUGGCCAAGGUGGAGGAGCUGACGAGGCAGCUGGAGGAACUGAGAAGAGGGAGGGUGCAGCCGGCGCCGCCUUCAGCUCAUGAGCUGGACAAGCUGAGGCGGGAACUUAUGUAUCGUAACAAACUGAACGAACAGCAGAACGGCAGGCUGUCGGCUCAGCGAGCAGCAUUGGGAGCGCGGCAGGAGGAGAUGCGCAGCAUCGACCGCCGCGUUUCUGAACUGCAGGCGCGAUUGUUGAGGAAGCGAGCGCUGAACAGACAGCUGGCAGCGGCGCAUAGGCAUCCGCAGCAGCAACCGCAGCAGCAGCAAAGAACCACCAACCCCACGCCGAUGCAGCAGCUGCCCACAUAUUCAGCCGGCGGUCAGCAACCGAGGAACCAGCACGCUCGCGGUAACGUGGCCGCCGUGGAGCCCUACAACCAUGUACCGCACGCGCAGAGCGUUAGCCACAACAAUCAUUUCCAGGCUAUGAAGCAAAAUGUAAUACAAAACAACGUGCCAUUGAAACAACACACGCAAACCGAAAACAUGCAAGCUCAUAUGACGCAGCAAGAAGCGCAUUAUCUGCAGCAAAAACAGAUGAUGAACCCGCUCUACAAUGGCGGUUACCCACACAUGCCUCCAGACAACAGCCAGUACCAGGGCCAGUAUCCACCAAAACACGAGAACAUAAACUAUAACCACGUCCAACAGGGCAUCACAAACGCUUACGAUCAAAAAGGCAUGUUUGAUCACCUCAACAAAUAUCAAGACUACUCAAAACAACCGCAAUACAGUCCGAAUAGUACAACGAGUUCGAACAGCAACCAACCCUCGAAAGAACUCAAGAUAAACGAACAAGAGUUCUUGCCUGAAUUCGCAGCUAGCAAAUCCGAUCCCAAAUAUCAAACGUUGCCAUACAACACGAAAUUCCCACAGAGCACCAAUGGCAAACAAAAACCCGAAGUCAACGGUAAAAGCAACGAAGUACAAGACAAAAAUCAAAACGCAGCGAACAUCAAUGUAAAUCAUAUGACUGUACAUUCGACGCCAUUGACUGUCGUAAACAAAAGUCUAGCGACGCCUCUGAGUCAGAUGGAGACAUAUCAACAGGAACAUACAUAUCAGUUACAGAAAUCUGACUCGUCAAGUAGAUGUAACCAAGAGGGCAAAGAGAACCAUGCAUAUCCACAGAAUUCUAGAUUAAGUCAAAACAAUAGUCAGAGUAACGACGACUCGAAGAGCAGCGCGGGGAAGAGUCAACAGGGUAAUUUGAAGGGCAGCUCACCGAGUUUGGGGACGAACACUACAACGGCGAGCAGUUCAAUAGGAUUCGGGAAACCCGUAUCGAGUGUAGCACCCACAUCGGUUCAGGUCUCCGGGAAACCGUCACCCAUUUACCAGACAUCCUCCACAAAGAUCCAACCGGUCCAGCCACAGACCGUUCAGACCCAAAGCGUCACGAGUCAUGUAGCUAGUAACGCGGCGCCUUCCCAACCCCAGAUGCUUAGGAACACUGCGUCGGGGCUGUCGGCGAGCGCGGGCUUCGGCUCCAACGCGUCGGCGAGCCUGCUGCUGUCGCCGCCGCAGGGCGCCAGCACGCCGCUGGCCACGCCCGACACCAGCACCGACAAGUCGCCCAAGCCGGCCUUACCUCCUAAGCCUACCAUUAAGACACCUCCGCGGCAGUCAGCAAACAACGACGCGGGUUUCAACCAAAACACGGAUUCGACUCUACCCACCAUACCCAUCCCCGACUCAUCGAGCGAGGAGCCUCAGCAGAACCAGAAGGAAUCUAGCAACGGCAGCAGCAGCAACGAGAUGAUCAUCAAAGCUCGUCCUCUCACCAUCCGAAAACCCCCUCUUAGCGAGCAACCUAAGCUGCGAAACCUGAACUCCGCCAAAAACGGGAUAAGCGUCAGCAUCAACCGACGCAUAGAAAUGCCACCGGCAUUCUUAUUCCCAGAAAUGGACCACCUAACGUUAGAUUCGGGGGAAACGCAGAACGGCCUAAAAGAUAAGACGAAGAAGGACGAAGUGGAUCGGGCGUUGAAUAAUAACAUAUCAAUAGCGAGUGAGAAAGAAGAUAGCAAAGACAACGUUGUGGAUAUAGCGGAGCAGAUCAGCUCGGUGGAUUUGAACGGUCAGGAUUCUCAGGGCUCUGAGAAUGUUUUGAGGCGGUCAAAGAAGGGCAACCUAAAGCAGGGCGGUAAGGCGCCGCUCACGAGGCGAGUGAGCUUCGACCCCCUUGCAUUGCUACUGGAUGCAAGUCUGGAGGGAGAAUUGGAGCUGGUCAAGAAAACGGCGACGCAGGUGCAGAACGCAAGUGCAGCGAACGACGAAGGAAUCACAGCUUUACACAAUGCCAUCUGCGCUGGGCAUUUUGAGAUCGUAAAGUUCCUGGUAGAGCUGGGCUGCGACGUGAACGCGCAGGACUCAGACGGGUGGACGCCGCUGCACUGCGCCGCUUCCUGCAAUAACCUGCCGAUGGUGCGCUUCCUCGUCGAUAAUGGUGCGUGUAUAUUCGCUACGACGCUGUCUGACCAUGAGACGGCGGCGGAGAAGUGCGAAGAGGACGAGGAAGGUUUCGACGGUUGCUCCGAAUAUCUAUACAGCGUCCAAGAGAAGCUCGGCAUCAUGAACAACGGCCUAGUAUACGCGGUGUUCUCGUACCAAGGCGCGCGCGCAGACGAGCUGUCGUUCGCGGGCGGCGCGCGCCUGCACGUGCUAAGGAAGGGCGACGACGCCGAGCGCGAGUGGUGGUGGUGCCGCGAUGAUAACGCGCGUGAAGGAUACGUGCCCAGAAACUUGCUCGGGUCACCAAACACGGGUAAGUACAAGGCGCGCGCAGACGAGCUGUCGUUCGCGGGCGGCGCGCGCCUGCACGUGCUAAGGAAGGGCGACGACGCCGAGCGCGAGUGGUGGUGGUGCCGCGAUGAUAACGCGCGUGAAGGAUACGUGCCCAGAAACUUGCUCGGGGUGCCAGAAAAAGUCUCAAGUAACCUAUGGUGGUGA